CCCCGACCUUUGGGAAAUGUACACAACAUGCGAUGUAAGUUUAUAGAAAGGCAUGUUGUGUUUAAAUUGUUAGCCAGAGUAACAGCUACAGACAAUAGUGAAAUCUGAAAUGUUGUAACAGAGAAUCAGUUACUGUAGCUGUUUUCUGAAAGUUUUCACAAAUCAGGAUUAAAGACAGCAUGGAAAAACAGUCUGGAAUUCAAACAAAAAGUCAUCGUUUUGACUUGGAGUUCUUCAAGAGGUUUUUCCGUCUGCUUCCUUGGUUGUUUCCAUCAUGGAUAAGCAAACCUGUCUUAUUGUUUGUUCUUCUGCUCUGCCUUGGUUUGUUAGAACAAUAUAUAAUCUACAAUAUUGGAAUGGUGCCAAGCAAGUAUUACAAGGUCCUUGGCAACAAAGACCAUGAUGGAUUCUGGAAGCAGACGGCAAUAGCUGUAUCGCUUAUUGUUUCUGAAGCAUUUGUAAGUGCAAUUUACAUUAGGCAUAAAAAAAAAUUCUUCGUCUCCGGUAUCCCGACCUACCCUAAAUUAUUGGCCGGACCCUAAAUGUUUUUAUGGCCU